UCCGUCCAGUUAACGGAGUCUGUGAGACUAACCGACAACCAGAGCGUUUCUAGGGUUGGAUGGAUCUGUGAUCUGUGAUGCGGAGCGUUGGAGAGUGCCGCAUUCCUGUGAGCGCUGCGAAUUUCGCGACGGUUGUGGAUGAUCCAGCUCGGGAGAGCUCGCAUUUGAUGCUAUCUGGAGGAGCGAUUUCCAGCUUCGGCGGUGGCGGCGGCGUUGGCAGGCAUGGCGAAUGGAUUCCACGCGCUAUGGGAGCCACCAGGUAGUGCACAGAUCUCGCAGAAUGGGGGCCACGCCAAGGGAAUCCAUUCUUCUUCUUUCUCUUCGUCCAUUCGCAAGCCGCUUCCAUUGUCCUUGUUUGGAGAGCAAGACGAUGAGGACGAGGAGGGGCAAGGAAAAGAGGAAGAAUCCAUCGCUGCUGAUCGAGGAGGAGGAGGAGACGAUGGAGAAGAAGAAGAAGAAGAAUUUGGAGAAUUCGAGUCAGUGGCGACGCACAUUGGCGAGCAGAAUGGGAAUCGCGUGGAACAAGAGAGAAUAGAGAAAUCACAGGAGAAUGGUUUUGCAGAUUUGGAAGCGCACACUCCAGAGGAAAAGAUCUCGAAUGGCUGGGCUUCCACGGUUCCAACCAGUGAGCUGAUGCUAGCGAUGCAUGGUAUUCGCAGCGAUCGUCAAGUCCCUCUCCACGUCCCAGCUCCGUCAACUCUACUUCCAGAUCUCCACGUCCCAGCUCCAUCGAUUCUACUUCCACAUCUCCAGUUCCCAGCUCCAUCAACUCUACUUCCAGAGACCACUUCCAACGAUGAUGAAUGGGGAGAGUUUGCGGAGCCUUCGGUUCUAAAAGGUGGUGGUGCACAGGUUGGGCUCGUCGAUCUUAUCUCUAUGUCCGAUGAUCAAGAAGCUCUCGGGAAACCAAGCACGGUGGCAAAGGAUUUAUUCUGGAGUCCAGGUGUGGAGCAAGCUUUUCCACCUUCAUUGCUGGAUUCACAACAAGAUGUUCUUCCAGUCGAUGCUGAUACUGCCAUCUUCAGUAGCGAGAUCGCUCUAGAGAAACACGAAAAGUCCAAACUCACUGGCUGGGAUCUGGAUGAAUCUCGGUGGGCUGAGAAGCAAAGCACCGUGGAGAACUCGCCACCGGAUUUCUUCUUGGAGAAUGGUAACAGUGCGGGAUUUGAGCAUGACACUGCACUGUCGUUGCUGGAUGCACAGCCGGAUGUUCUGCCAGUCGAGAGGGAUUUGGACGCUGCCAACUUGAUCACUCCAGACGGGUCGAAACUCGAAAACACGGUGGAGAAGGAUUUUUUCUGGGAUAGUACCAGUGAAGUUCCUCCAUCCUUGCUGGAUUUGCAACAGGAUGUGCCAGUGGAAAUCGAUGGCUUCGAGCUCGCAGAUGAUCGCAGCUGGGCUUUCAGUGCUGCAACGCUGGAGAGCAGCGGCUAUUCUCGAUCAGUCAGCCUCCCAGCUCCGAAAGCGGACGUGAGCUUUCCAGGCGACAUUCUCUCCGGCGACGUAACGUCCACUGGCAUCUCUCACCGCCGGAGCCACAGCCAUGGAGGCUUCCAUCCCAGCUUUACUGCCAUAGACGAGUGGUCAUCGUUCGAGGAGUUUGCCACUUCCAUCGGACCCCGCAAUGCUUCGCCCAAAGAGAUUGUGGAGGAGCACGAGGAGCAAAGUUUGUGGGACACAAGCCCAGCGCUAAAUGCAUUACAAGAUAAUGCACUCGCAACAACGAACAGCGAUCUUAUGGAUUUGCUUUCGCUCGACUGGGAUUCAAAGGCAGUCCUGGCAGCCACUGCCACUGACGAGGCACAACCAAACGCAGCAGGCAUGGAAGAAGGGAUGAAGCCGAAGUACCUCAAAUCGUGGACUCUUCUCGCCCGUGCUUGUGCCACCGAGUUAAAACUCGGCCUUGGCAUCUGGAACGAUGCCGUGUCCCGUGGCUGUUCUACGCGACUGGUCUCCACCGAGCAAGGUGAAAACUACUUCACUGCCCUCGUACACAUUUACCGGGUUCUUCGCCUCCUGGGUGCCUCGGCGGAGCUCUACGCGUCGUGGCUUCUUCCCGGGAUUUGUGAGGAGCUCGCGCUGGCCAUGGACGAGUCCCGCCUGGCUUGGACUAAGCUCGAGAGCGUGGUGGAGCUCCUUGAUUCGAGGACGAGCUUGACAAGACUGGAGGAGUGUCUUCGUUGCUUGCCAUCGUCGCCACAAGCAUCAUCGUCGCCAUCAUUGUGCUGUGCGUUGUCUCUCUUGCGUUUCGACUCUUUUCCAGGUGAGUUGUCGAGGCUUUUCCAUUUUUCUUGGAUCCGUGCAGUUGACUCGUGUAGCUUCUCUAGACGUGCCACUCGUUGUCUGGGACGACAGCACAUAUUUUUUACCCGUAGCCAAUCUCUGGGCCAACCGCGUGUCCCGAAUCUCUCCCGUGGCUUACUUUAGUGGAUGAAGGACGACGAGACUGCCAAGAGCUUCCCGUGGGAUUGCGUUUACGUGGUUUGUAGAGUUACUUGUUUAAAAGCGGCCGCCGCAAUGUACAAGAGGUUCCCGACAACUACCAAAGAAAGAUCUUAAAUAUC